CAGAAGCCGCAUUUGGGCUGUGAGUGAGUGUGAGAGAGAGAGGAAUCGCGCCAUCACUGCUGCUGCUGCUGCAGGAGGGAGGUAAACCGCAGCCGGCGGGAAGGGAGGAAAAAUCGUCGGAUGCAAACAGGAAAAAAUAAUAAUAAAGUAACCGCUCCGACAUUGAGCCACAUCGAUUUAACGAGCAGCUUUAGUUUGCAAAUCCGCCUUUUUUUCCCGAUAGAGGCGCAAGCUCUUUUUUUUUUGCGCAUUAAGUGACAACAGGUUGAUUCGUGUGCAACAAGCCUUUUCGGACAUUAUUUAUUUGGGAAUACACUUCAUCGAAUCAAAAUGAGCACCAGCGUGUCACAGCACAUGGCGAUGCACAGUCCCCUGGGGAGACCUGCUGGUGUGGGGGUCCUGUGCCAAAAAUGUGGAAAACCCUGCAAAGGUGAAGCCCUACGAGUGCAACGCCAGUUCUUUCACAUCAAUUGCUUUACCUGCAAAGAAUGUGGAUGUGAUUUAGCUGAGGGUGGAUUUUUUGUCAGGCAAGGAGAGUACAUCUGCACUUCUGACUAUCAGAAACUGUAUGGAACACGGUGCUUCAGUUGCAGUGAAUUUAUAGAGGGCGAAGUGGUUUCUGCUCUGGGGAAAACAUAUCAUCCAAAUUGCUUCGUCUGUGCUGUCUGCAGACAGCCUUUUCCUCCUGGAGACCGUGUGACUUUUAAUGGAAAGGAAUGCAUCUGCCAAAAGUGUUCUCAGUUUCCGGCCACCAAUUCAAAACAUGUGCCGGCUCAAGCUCCGAUAAACUGUGAAGGCUGUGGCUUGGAAAUUAAAAAUGGCCAAUCCUUGGUAGCUCUGGACAAGCAGUGGCAUCUGGGAUGCUUUAAGUGUCUUACGUGUGGGAAAGCUCUGUCUGCUGAGUAUAUCUGCAAAGAUGGGAAUCCUUACUGUGAGGCUGAUUAUCAUUCCCAGUUUGGAAUCAAAUGUGAACGCUGCACAAAAUUUAUUACUGGCAGAGUAUUGGAGGCGGGAGAAAAACAUUAUCAUCCAGACUGUGCAAGAUGUGUCAGGUGCGAGGAGAUGUUUGCAGAAGGUGAAGAAAUGUAUCUGCAAGGUACUUUAAUCUGGCAUCCAGUCUGUAAGCAAGCUGCCAGGGCAGAAGAAAAACAAAAGGUUACUCGUACAUCUUCUGAGAGCAUCACAUCUGUUCCAGCCUCAAGUACUUCAGGAUCCCCAAGCCGUAUAAUAUUUGCCAAGCUAGAUGAUGAGAUUCUUGACUACAGGGAUUUGGCUGCUCUUCCCAAAGUCAAGGCCAUUUACAACAUUGAUCGUCCUGACAUGAUCUCCUAUGCGCCGUACAUCAAUUACUCUUCCAUUGACAGGCAUAGAAUGGGGGAGCCUCCUCGACUGCAUUAUUCAACACAACCUGAGGACGAACAGGAAGGACCGCGGCAACGUAGAGCUUCCAGUCCUGGAUCCUUUGCGUCUCUUGGCUAUGGACGCUACACACCAACAUGGUCUCGUUCACCACAACAUUUCCACAGACCAGUGCUCACCUCUGGUGGUAUUCAUUCCCUGCAUACUGGUAGUUACAGCUCCUUGUCUACACACUCCAGCCUUCCGUCCUCCCUCACACCUAACUAUGUUCCAUAUUUUAAAGGCAGUGAAAGUCGCUGGAGCACUCCCAGCUUAUCCAUGAACCUAGACAGCAAAUCUUAUGUCCAGGCUCCCAGACAUUUCCAUGUUCCAGAAACCGAGGGGAAAGCAGAUAACAUCUACAGAAAGCCUCCUGUCUACAGACAACAUGUAGGUGAAUGGCAAAGCAGAGGAUUUUGGAUUGAAGACAGCGAUGAAGGUGGCGGACCGGUUUACUGGGAUCAAGAUGACAAAAAAGUGAAGCCGAGUUCAUUGAAGGGCCAGGUGGAGAUUGCAGAUAACUCUCAAGACCUGGACCCUAAAUCAUCAUCUCGAAGCCCUGCUGCUGAUAGAGAACCACUACAAAGAUCCAACAGCGAAUCACUCUUUCAAACAAGUAAGUGUGUUUUUUCCGAGAUCUUAGAUUUCCUCCCACACUCCAAUGACCUACAUGUGUGUAGGUUAAUUGGCAUGAUAAAUGUAAAAAUUGUCCCUAGUGUGUGUAGGAUAGUGUUAAUAUGCGUGGAUCGCUGGUCAGCGCGAACCCGGUGGGCCGAAGGGUCUGUUUCAGUGCUGUAUCUCUAA